UUUUAUCGAUAGUUUUGUAGAUCUACUUUGGGCACCAUAUGGUAGUCUAGCAGAACGUUGUUUAACAUUUAUUGGAAUAUAAUUACCUAUACUGAAUUAAACAAUGUUUCGAAAACAAUCAAGAUUAAGGCGUGAAUUUCUUUUAAAGAAAACUGAGAAAACCCGUCUCGGAAAAGCUAUUGCCCAAAAGAAAUUUGCGGAGGAAGCUUUACAUUCCAGAAAUGUGAAAUUGAAGAGUUUUAGCAAUAUUGCAUUAUUAAAACAAAACAACGAGUAUUUCGAUAUUGAUGAAGUGGAUGACGAAUACAAAUAUGUGAACGCCUGCAACCCAAAAAUUAUGAUUACGACAUCACAUAACCCUUCUGCAAGGUUAAAAAUGUUUGUGAAGGAGUUACGUCUAAUUUUUCCAAAUGCACAACGAAUGAAUAGAGGCAAAAACGAUUUAAAGCAAUUAGUAAAAUUAUGUUGUUCUAAUGAUGUUACAGAUAUUGUAAUUGUUCACGAACAUCGGGGUAUACCUGAUAAUAUAGUCAUAAGCCACUUACCAAAUGGACCUACGGCGUUUUUUAAUAUUUCUGGUGUUGUUAUGAGACAUGAUGUACCUUUUAUUGGGAAAAUGAGUGAGCAAAAUCCCCACUUAAUUUUUCACAAUUUUAAAACUGAAAUAGGAGAGCGGGCAACAAAAAUAUUAAAACAUCUUUUUCCUACGCCGAAAGCGGAUUCCAAAAGAGUAAUCACUUUUGCUAAUCAUGAUGAUUAUAUAUCAUUUCGUCAUCAUAUAUACUCGUACGAAAAUAAAGAAUUGGAAUUAAAAGAGUUAGGCCCAAGAUUUCAACUAAAGUUGUAUCAAAUAAAAUUAGGGAUAUUGGAUGAAAUUCAAGCUUCGGAUACCGAAUGGGUUUUGAGACCGUACAUGAACACAUCAAUAAAAAAUAGAAUUUUAUCAAAAGAACCUGGUUGGGAUCAAAACGAGCCUUAAUAUUUUAAAUGUAACUAACUUUAAGACGUAUGUAUCAAUUUUAGUAAUGAAGAAUUAUUUCAAUCGGUUUAGAAUAAAAUGUUUGAAAUUCAUUUAA